CACUGCUGUGCCCAGAUUUGACAGGACAGAUCUUACAGUCUGUAGCAGCUGUCUGCAGGCAUUUGGGGUGCGGCAGCACUUGCAAACGAAGAACAGAGACUUUUGACUGCUUCACACAAACCCCUGCCCAUUGUGUGGUGCUGCUUCUUUUGCCUUCUCCAGCCUUCAGCAUUCUUCCUUGUCUUAAUCGGAGUCUCUGGAAGAGCCAUGGCAGAGCAAUACCACACUAACGAGGAGAAAAUUCAAAAAGACAGCCACACCAAGGAGAUAGACUUGGUCAACAGGGACCCGAAACAUAUCAAUGAGGAUAUAAUAAGGGUGGAUUUUGAAGAUGUGAUAGCUGAACCAGAUGGAACACACAGUUUGGAUGGAGUGUGGAGGGUCAGCUAUACAACCUUCACUGUCUCUAAGUACUGGUGCUACAGAGUGCUGUCUGCCAUCUUUGGUAUUCCUGUCUCCUUGCUGUGGGGCUUCCUCUUUGCUUGCAUCUCCUUCUGCCACAUCUGGGCAGUCAUGCCAUGUAUCAAGAGCUACAUGAUCGAAACACAAUGCAUUAGCAGAGUCUACUCACUCUGCAUCCAUACCUUCUGUGACCCCUUGUAUGAAGCAAUGGGAAGGGUCUUCAGCAGUAUCCGAGUGGCUCUCCGCAAGGAAGUGUAGAUCACAGCUCUCCAGGAUCGGCUUUGGAUUCAGUAAUCAUCACUAUUUUAAUGAUUUCAAUGGCACACGCCCACUUCAAUCAUGGGACAUUCAGUGUAACUGGGGGAUUCUUUUAAAAACUUCUACAGCCUUUUAUUGCUGUCAGCAAAAGAACAAUUUCUCUUCAGUCAAUCCCAAUGCAACUACACAGUUGACAUCACUGCUUAUAACUGUCCUGUUACUAUCCACAUUAUUUAAAAAGUGUUAUGGUGAAUCACAUAACUAUAACUUAAAAUUGGUUAAUAACAUUAUUCAUGUAAUGGUUCCCCCAGAAAUUGCCAAAUUAAUUUAAGUGCAAUAUUUUGAGAACUUAAUAAAUAAUUUUGCAUUAAAUUGGAUUUACUUCUUGUUAAUAUUCAUUUCCUUUAAGUUGUAAAAUAAAAAAUGUAUAUAACUUCAGUUUCAAAAAUCUUACUCUACAGUUUUUCCAUAAUUGUUGAUUUCAUGUGCAACGUGUGUAGAAAAAUAUAAUAAUCAGAGAAGGUGAUUCAUUUAUCAGUGCUUUCCUACCAAUGGUCCACUUGUUACAUUCACCACCAAGUUAUUUCAACCCUUAAACGGAAUAAAUUCAAAUUCAUGUCUCAGAUACAGAUCGGUAUUGUUUAUUGUUUUUUAGUGCCAGUCGUGGUUGACCUGAACAGAAUAUUAUACAAAUGAUACAUUGGUAAGAAUACCUUGAUAAAUUAAGUUAGUGUUGUAUCCUGUGCCGUAUUCUCAGCAUAUUUUUAUUUACUGAACAGUUAAUUUAAUUAAUGUUUGAAAAUAACAAUAUUAAAGAAGUAUUUAUACUGUAGUGCUACUACAUUUUCUUCAUUUGCCUGUGUGCAAAUGCUACCUGUGUUUUUCUUAGUAACGCAAUACUAUACACUUUACAAAUGACUACAAAUAUCCCAUGAUGCAAGUGUGAACUUCCUUAAAAAAUGCCAGAUAAACAGUGGCAUAAAAAGAACAAAAAAUGCUAAACUGGUGGAUCAUACCUUUGCCAUUAAUUAAUAAAUGCAAUUAAUUGCAUGCAUUUGAUCUAAAACUCCACAUUGAACAGUGUACAGAAGAGUGUAAUAGGUUUCAAAUAAGAGGGGGCAAUCUGGAUUGUUCUGUUGCUAGUAGUUUGUUCACCUAAGGAUUUGAUUACUGUAGACAGUUAUUUCUUGAAUGAUGUCAGGGAAUUAAAGUCAACACCAGUGGACUGUGUUGAAAUUUGUAUUCAAUAAAUAUGUUAUUUGUUCA